AUGUCCAUUUUUAAUCAAAACUUUCGAAUUAUAUUUCAAUCAAAAUAUCAGAGAAGAUUAUUUUGUUCAAUUUCAACAUUAAAUAAAAUAAAUUCAAAUUUAUUUUCAACAACUUCCACAGAAAUUAAAUUAGAAGAAAAUUCAGUCAAUGUUUCCACUCAAACUGUUGGUAAAGGUCUAAGGGUAGCGAUUAUUGGAUGUUCAAAUGUUGGAAAGUCUGCUUUAACGAAUGCUCUUAUUCGCUCCCCUAUUUGUGCUGUUAGUAAAUUGGUUGAUACAACUAGAGCGAAUACAACAGCAGCACUAACUGAAAAUCAAUGUCAAUUAAUUAUUGUUGAUAGUCCUGGUUUGGUUAGUUUAAGUCACGCAAAAGAAGUAAUUGGCACCCAUUCAGACGAUCGAAUUUUAACACAUCCAGAAAAGGCAAUUGAAAGGGCUGAGCAAAUAAUUGUUGUUCAUGAUGCAACAGCUAAAGGUCAAUAUUUACAACACAGAAUUCUUUACAUUCUUCAACGUUAUAUGCACAUCCCUGCUUGUUUAGUUAUUAAUAAAAUUGAUUUAAUUGAAAGCCGUGCUGAUUUACUUAAAUUGACUGAAAUUUUAACUGAUGGAACUGUUGGGGGAGAAAAACUUGAGAAAAAACCUAUUAGUCUAGGCAUUGUUGGUUCAAUAAUUUCAAAAGCCAAAAAAUCUAAAGGAUCUGACAAUAAUGAUUCUCUCAGUCUUCAUCCACUAACAACAAAAGAACGUGAUUCUAAUUGGUAUUCUCUCUACAAUAAAUUACUACAUAAACCUUUACAUAAAGCUAGUUGGUCAGAUACAAAAAAAUUAUUUAAAGAACAAAAUGGCUGGCCACAUUUUAAGGCAGUUUUCUUUACUAGUGCUCAAACAAAUGAAGGAAUAGAUAUAUUAAGAGAAUAUUUGAGAGAAAAUUCUGUUGAUAAACAAUGGAGUUUUGCCCCACAAACUGUUAGCAAAAAGAAUUCUCGUUUACUUUGUGCUGAAUAUGUCCGUUCUGCUUUAUUAAAUAAUUGCCCUCCUCAUGUAGCUUAUAAACUUCGAGUAUCAAUUACUGAGUGGGAAUUUGAUGAAGACCUUCCUGUAAAUGAACAAAUGCUUAAAGUUGCUGCAAAUAUUUUCUGUGAAAAUGAACGUGAAGCUCGACAAGUUUGGUAUCGAAUGGAGGAAAUUGAGAAUGCAGUUCUUCAACAAUUACAACAAGUAUUUUGUCAGAAUGUCAUUUUCCGCUUAUUUAUUAGAGUUAAAGACCGUUCAGGUAUUUAUCAACCUGAUGAAAAAGCGGAGGAAAAAAAGAAAAUAAUGAAAACUGAAGAGAGAAGAAAAUAAAUGUAGAAAAUAAAAAAAAUCUGUAAACGCUCUAAUUGAAGCUCAUUUUAAGAAAAAAUGAAUGAUUAUAAACACCUACUCUCUAAUAUAAGUCCGCUCAGAGACAUUAAAAAUAGAAGUCCAGGGUUUCAAUUAGAACAUUUAUGGAUGCAACGGAUACGGGUAGUUUAGUAAUUCUAGUGUCUUUUCAUUUUUUAUCACUUGGUCAUUCUUUUGGGAAAGGCCUAGAAAAAGAUU